CCAAGGAGAUCACAUGCCCCGUGAGUCACUCCAGAUGUGCUCAAAAACAGAGUCUCUCUGUGGAAGCCCGGUCCCCCAAUCCCAGAGAGAGUCGAAUUAGCAGAGGUCCCAAAUCCUGUGUCCCCACCCCCCUAAGAGGCAGUCUCUGCCUCCACCCUUCUGGGGCAGGAAAGGACGCCUUUUGCACUUCUGUAAAGGGAAGGGGGGUAAGAACUCUACCUUCACACUGGGAGGACCAGCACGGGCAUACCUGUAGCUCCUGAGGUCCCAUUGGGUUCGAGGACAAGUGUCACCUUUUUGGAGCAAAAGAUGUGUUGGAACACGCUGCUGCUUCUGCUGUUGUGUUAUGAUGCUCAGGCGGCGGUGUCCCACAGGUGGAGCAGGGGUGAGCAGGUGCAGCAGUUGAAUAGGCGAAGAGAUGGGGUGUCAUUUUGCCAAGUGGUCACAAAGGAACCAAGAGAGAGCAAAGGAGUCGGCAGUCUAUCCAUGCUCUUUCCUGCUGCGCAUCGGCCAAAGAGAUCCUCAUCCAUGCCCCUGAAUCCCGUCCUGCAGAGCUCCCUGGAGGAAGUAGAACUGCUCUACGAGUUCCUGCUAGCUGAACUUGACAUCAGCCCUGACCUGAAGAUCUCCAUCAAGGACGAGGAGCUCUCCUCGUUGAGGAAAGCCUCCGACUUCCGCACCAUCUGCAAUGACGUGAUCCCCAAGCGCAUCCCGGACAUCCGCCGGCUGAGCGCCAGCCUCUCCAGCCACCCUGGCAUCCUCAAGAAAGAGGACUUUGAAAGGACAGCGCUGACCCUGGCCUACACGGCCUACCGCACCGCCCUGUCCCAAGGGCAUCAGAAGGACAUCUGGGCCCAAUCCCUCCUUAGCCUCUUCCAGGCCCUGAGGCAUGACUUGAUGCGGUCCUCGGGCCCCAGAGUGUCUCCCUGAGAGCCCGGCCCGCGGCCACGGAGCAGGGACCAGCACACGCGCGGAUCUAAUACAGAGGAGAAACACGACGGGGGCCCACAGAGAGGCUGCACACCGUCAGACCUCGUCUUCUGAACAGAGAAAGCACGCUGAUGCAGAGAGGAUCACCCUAGGAAGAGCUCCAAAACUGAGCGCCCCAAAUACAAAUGAUUUUUUAGACAACAGAACUUACCCUUUCAAAUGCCAGAACCUUCAUUUUAGCAAUCCUGACUUGCUGCCUUUGUUAACUGUAUGUACGAAACAUCUUGAGCUUCUAUUUAGGAUCUUUGAAACGUUCUGAUGAAGGAACUGGAUAAAAUAACCUCUAAGAUUGCUCGGCUUCCGAAAGUUCCACGAUCACUGAACCAGCCGUGAGAUAAUCACCGGGAGGACACCGGGACCUAAGGGGUCUGCUGGACUGUUUGCGCCAAGCCCAGGAGGCCCCGGGGCUUUGCUGAUUCUGUCGGGUGUGUGUCCUGCCUUCUGCACUGUGAGGCUGUAAGAGGGCGCUCCUCUUUCUUUCCAACACAACUUGCCCGUUGCAAUUUGUUCUAUUUUGGCUGCUACCACCUAAGGGACAAAGCAGGGAGGCUUGUCAUAAUUCCGUGUUAAAUCGGAGCUCGUAGGCGAAGGUCUCUGCUAGAGGGAGGCACUAGGCUCUAGUACGGAUUCCUCAUUGGCUCUCCUGGCUUGACAGCUGGGUUUUGGAGGCUAACGUUGCAAGAGGUCUAAUCUUUGAAUGAGUGACAUCUUAUCCGGCUAAAUUUGAUUCUGAAAUGGGUAUUUAACAAUUGUCAUUGGAUGAUGCCCUAAAGUUGAUCUGGACUUCUUAAAAACUUUGAAUAAGUCAUUGCUUCGCAGCUGCAUGAUCCUUUUGGAGAAAUAGUAGGAUGUAGGACGAAGGUAUUCAUCAUCAGAGAAAAAUACAACAUGGAAAAAUCCUGAUGUUCUCGGGCUCCGAAGAUUAAUGACCGCUGGUUUCUCUGGUCCUCAUUCCCUGAUUACACCACCCUUUUACGGCCCUCAAAUGCAGUCUCUGAUAUAUGCUUUUGGUUCCAUUUUUCCCUUUCUAAUAUUCCAUGUUCUCUUCGGCCUGGUUUGUGUCUCUUCUGCUUUAUCUUUGGGCCCAAUUCUGAUUAUCUUUGUAUCUACUUCUCCCAGUCUCUUUUGGUGGAUGUAUGCUCACUCUAGCUCUGUCUGCUUGCCCUCUGACGCUCACUGUCUUUCAGCCCCCUGUGGGUAUCACUGUCUGACCAAAACAAAGGUCAACAUACAGGGCCAGGAGUUCCCAAAAGGCCGAUUAGCCUCAUGGCUGCCUUCACUGUUUGUACUUUCUCUGGAUGUGGGGUAGAGGAGGUUAGCAGAGGGCUCAAUCCUUUCACAUUGUGCAAUACCCUGACAUCAGUCUUGCAUGCCACCCCGGGCCUCCGCCCCCGUCAGGAUGGAUCUGAGAGCCUUUGUUCAGUCACUGGUUAGACAGACCACCCUUGUGGUCCCUCCCUGUCAUGUUCUGAUAUUCACGGUCACUCCCAGUGGUAGGAGAUUCGUGAAUGGGAGGAUGGUUCCCAGGACCAGUGAUAACCUGGAAGUUCAUUCACCCUGCAGCAAAAAUUAAAGGCACUUUUGUACUCAUGAAUCGGGGCACAUGUUUAUGUGGCAAUCAAGGACCGAGGGAAAAAGAAAAGAAAAAAAAAAAAGAAACAAGAAGGGCAUGACUUUUUUAGAGACAAAUGAAAAUUUCAUUUUCAGUAAUUCCAUGACACUAUUAAAUACUAUUUGGGGCUGAAUACAAAUUAAUUGUUUCCCACAAGAAGCUUUAUCACAAUAACUUCAUUUAUGUGGAAGAUCAAAUAUAACACUCACCAAUGCCACCAAAGACCUGACUCUUUGCUCAACGAACAGUGAAAUAGGACACUGGACAGAAAAAGACUGUCCCAUUUUGCCUCACUGAUCCCACACGGUAGCACCACAUCACGACUGGAUCACCUUUUGUCAUAAUUACGCAUAGACAGAAUAAUUUGGGGCAUGGUUUCUGUAGAGGAAAUGUGCCUGUAACUUCUGGGACUAAUUCUGCCAUUUCUAUACUGCUGGGAACUUGUAGGAUCUAAAAAUUCCGGAAGCUUCUUCUAUCGUUGCUAUCCUGGUGGCUACCUCUGGCGUCACUCAAGAGACGCUGAAAAACAUCUGUAUGGCUGAAGCUUCCAUUGCCCUCUCAUCUCGCCUUGAAUCUAAAAGAGAAUCGCUUCAGUGGUAAAUCAGUC